GCCAAUCUCAAAUUUUGGUGUUAAAUACCCAAUUUUGUAGACUAAAAAUAAUUUCUUUCGAUUGAAAAUCGCUUGGGCACCGCCAUAGUUUAAGACGCCGAAAGUGAAGCGACGACUCAGACUAGAGAAAGAGAAAGGUGUUGAUAGCAUCGUAAAUCAUGAUUAUUCCUGUUCGUUGCUUCACCUGCGGCAAGGUGAUUGGAAACAAAUGGGACACUUACCUUGACCUUCUUCAAGCAGAUUACAGCGAAGGGGAUGCUCUUGAUGCAUUGGGACUUGUCCGUUAUUGUUGCAGGAGGAUGUUAAUGACCCAUGUUGACUUGAUCGAGAAGCUCUUGAAUUACAACACACUCGACAAAUCCGACACAAGUUGAUGAAAUGAAGCAUGCAGAAUCCCUGCUUGAAGAAUCAGGAGUCUUUUAUCAAAUAGUUAUUUUAUCAAUUAGUUAGGGGAACGUUGGUGGGUUAUGUUUUCUGUAGUGAUGAUUGAUGAACGUUCAGUGAGUAAAACUAAUGGAUAUGAAAGAUUGUUAUCAUUUGUUCUGGCAAACUGUUUAUCCUUCUACUACAUUCUUUUGUAAAAUCUUUUCUUGCCCUCCGUUUUAUUAUAACUACUCUCUUCUAUUUACCAUAAGUGUCCUAUUGAAUCAAGUCACUGUAAAUGUCUCAAUUCUAUUUUUGGUAUGUUAAUUUUACUAAUUUAUCCUUAUUAAACUUAACUUUUUACUAUUUUACCGUUUAUACUUGCUAAUUUUACUUUAUCCCUAUCAAAAUUUAAAUAACUAUAUAUUUUUUAAUAUGUGGUUCCAUUUGAUCACCUAAAAAAUAGUGAAAUGUCAAAU